UAAGAGGGAACUUUUUCUCCAAGGGGGCUGCGAGUUGAAGGCCAUGAAUUUCGAAUUUGAGCGAGAGAUUGGCUUUAUCAAUAGUCAGCCAUCGCUCGCUGAGUGCCUGACAUCUUUUCCCCCUGUCGGUGAUACAUUUCAAAGUUCAUCAAUCAAGAACUCGACGCUUUCACACUCGACACUGAUUCCUCCUCCUUUUGAGCAGACCAUCCCCAGCCUGAAACCGGGCAGCCACCCUCGCCACAGCAGCGGCAGCCGCCCCAAGCACAGCCCCAAUGGCAACAGCGGCAGCCCAGUGCCAGCCGGCGCCCUCCAGCCUCCGGAGUACCCCUGGAUGAAAGAGAAAAAGGCGUCCAAGAAAACCGCCCUCCCGCCUGCUUCGGCCUCCGCCCCUGGACCAGCUUGCCUGAGCCACAAAGAAUCUCUGGAGAUCUCCGAAAAUGGUAAUGGGGGCUCCAGGAGACUAAGGACUGCUUACACCAACACGCAGCUUUUGGAGCUGGAGAAGGAAUUUCAUUUCAACAAGUACCUCUGUAGACCAAGGAGGGUGGAGAUCGCCGCUCUCCUGGAUCUGACGGAGAGGCAAGUCAAGGUCUGGUUUCAAAACAGGCGGAUGAAGCACAAGAGGCAGACCCAGUGCAAGGAGAAUCAGAACAGCGAGGGGAAAUGUAAAGGCUUGGAGGACCCCGAAAAAGCCGAAGAGGAGGAAGAAGAGGAAGAAGAAGAGGAGGAAGAGGAGAAAUCUCUCUUUGAGCAAGCCCUUAACGAUGUUUCAGGCGCUCUUUUGGAAAGGGAAAGCUACACUUUUCAGCAGAAUGCCCUGGCUCAGCCGCAGGCGCCUCCAAGCCUCCACAAUGGAGAGUCCCAAACUUUUCCCGUUUCGCCUUUAACCAGCAAUGAGAAAAAUCUGAAACAUUUUCAGCACCAGUCACCCACUGUUCCCAAUUGCCUCUCAACAAUGGGCCAGAACUGUGCAGCUGCCCUGAACAAUGGCAGUCCGGAGGCCCUGGAAGUCCCUUCUUUGCAGGACUUCAGCGUUUUCUCCACAGAUUCCUGCCUACAGCUUUCUGAUGCCGCUGUCUCCCCCAGUUUGCCAGGAUCUCUCGACAGUCCUGUAGAUAUUUCAACCGACAGCUUUGACUUUUUCACAGAUACGCUCACCACAAUUGACUUGCAGCACCUGAAUUACUGAGAAAGGACAGACCUUCAUGCGCCAAGGGUUAUACCUUCCUUUUCUUUUUCCUAUCUCUCCUUAAUUUUUAUUUUCCCUUCCCAUUUCGAUUUGAUUCCUUUCCCUUUCUCAGUUAGUAUUUUCGGUUGUCCUAUCUGAUGUGUUGGAGAACUACUUUGCCGUUUCCCUAUGGCAUUUUAGUUGUGUUCAGUUUAACCUAGCCACAUUCUAGGUCCUUCUAUGAAAGCAAUAUAUAUGGCCUGUAAGAAAGUGAUCAUAUCGAAUUUGUAUCUUCACUUUCUUUUUAUUUUUGUAUUACAUUAGGGUGCGUUGUCAUAAGUAUUUUUGGUAGAAUAAAUUCUUGUUUACUACAAGCACCUUUUUUAUCUCUCUCUUUCUCUCUCUUCAUGCAUAGCACAAGGAAUUGCCCCCUCCCUUCCUUUGGUCUGAAAUAAAGCCAAACAAUUUGGUCACAGACCUCUGUCCUUUUUCAUGAGAAAGACAUUUAUUGGAAUGAAGCUAGCUGAAAUAAUUUACCUCCCUUUCCUCCCUGUCCCCCAAAAUGCAGUGUUACAAUCCUUCCCACAACUUAGAAUAUCUUUGACCCUUAUUAAAAAUAAAUUUCCCCCAUUUAAUACAUAUCACAUAUUAGAAUUAAAAAUACAGAAACACUGCUUUGGUGCUAUUAAAAACACUGUGAGUUUGUCUCUCACACACAUAUAUGUGAAAGAGAAUAUUUUGCAAAGGGAAAAAGCAAAUGCUGCUAGGAGGAUUGCUGCAUCUAUGCAGAUAGAUCAAAAUUUAUAUUUAUAUAUUAGUCACUGUGUUUAUUCUAUUUGCGAACCAUAUCUUGGAAGGGAAUGGUGGUGUGGGGAACCAACAAAGGUACACUUCUGAUGGAUUUUCCAGCGGUCCAAAGGUCCCAAGAAAAGAAAUCUAAAAGAGAGAGGAAAUCAAACAAGCCAUUUGGUAAAAGCUAGUUAUUAACUGUGCAAGGCAUAUAAAUUACCAGUUAAAAAUUGGGCUUAAAGAACAAAAGCUCAUACUGAAGGUGGAGAAAAAGGUGUUCCCACCAAAGCUCAGUCCGAACUAGGUUAACAAGUGUACAUUUCAGAAGACCUUUUAGCUAUCCCACCAAAGCACAUAAAAAAUGAAGAGGCCCAUCUAAAAGUGCUGUUAAUUGAAGGUGGUGUGUGUGCGUGUGUCCUCCAGUCCAAGUUAAAUUCAGCUCAUUCAUACAGGUUGAUAUGUGUUCUUUUGUGUCCUACAAACUAGCAGUCUGUAAGAGCAGACACCGUUUGUUUUCCUGGUGUGUGCGUAUGUGUGAAUCUCUCUCUCCCCUUCUCUUUGUAAGGAUGUGUGUAUGUGUUUGUGUAGAGAUAGACAUAGAAAGAAAAUGGCUCAGGUUUUGCAGGCACGCAUUUGCUAGUCCCUCUGCUCCGGGUGUGUUUAUUUUGGUGGCAGAUUGCUUCCCUGUUUUGCAACCCAUAUAAGUGGGGUGGCGCUGAACUACGUGGGUAAUAGCUGGAAGGACUGGAUGCAAUUCUUCCUAAACUCAUAAAUCAAACGCUUUCUGUGAAUGAGAAUGUCAUCAAAGAGAUCAAUUGCAGGAACACAUGCACAAAUAAAAAUCCUCUUACGUAUUUGCUGGGGUAGGGGAUCCCCGUCUAAAACCAUUAAGCUUGGAGGCGGCUAGUCAUAAUUCAUUUUUUAUUGCUCUGUUAAAACAACUGCUUGGCUAAGCUUCAGGUGCAGCAGGGAAUCCCCUUUUCCUUUUUUUCCCUCCCUUCUUCUCCUAGUACGAAGAUCGAAGAUCGCUCUUUUGGGGCACAACAUUUCCUUCGAAGAAGCACGUUUUCAUUUUCGUUUACAGACGUUUUACUUUAUAGGCAAGUAAGCAGGUCUGCUAGUUUGGGGACGCCCCCCUCCCACUAACAAAGAAGCCUUCGACACAAAUCAACUGCCCGCAGACCCCGAGCAGAUUUCCCCUUGAGACCAGAACUAUGCUGAGACAUAUAGUUCUUACACAAAAAAAGGGAGAGAGAGUGAGAAAGAAAUCUCAACAAUGAUUCCGGAAUGUAAAGGUUUUCGGGAAACUCUUGGGGUGUCUAACCCUCCGACAAACACAAGAAACGAACGACUUUGCUCCGUUCGGAAUACCAAAAACAACCUCGCAACAAAGGCGUCUGCGGGGGCGAAGUGGGGGGGGGGGAGGAUCAAGUCUUCAACUUCGCCUGGGUAGAAAAGAUCCGAGAAGUGAACUUUUGGAGAGGACUCCGCCGCGAGUUCGUGAAUCGAGCUGGAAACUUUGGUAGCUGCGUCCCAGCGAGGGACAAACCCCCUUCGUUUCUC